AUGCGGCCACAUUGGCAAAGAUUGACAAACAAGGCGGAGCUACUGCAUCUGAAGGAAAUAGAGCGGGACUUCGAAGAAUACAAAAUCCCGAAAGAUGCUGAUGAAGUUGAGCGUUUGGUCGUUGACGAGGAGACGCAAAUUCAACUUAUUCAGGGUGGCGGCGUAGGGACAAUUCAUGACCUCACACGUCUCGAGCAAUUGAAGCGACAAAUGGCCCAAAACGAGCUGAGGAAGGCGACCGCCACGGAGACUUUCAAGGAAUACGAGGCAAAGCUCGGCGAAGCGGUUGACAAG